AUGAGCUAUAUGAAGAAAGACGAAGAUGCGGACCAGGUCAUGAUCAGGCUUGAUCGGACCUCGGUGUUCCAAGACGCUCGACUGUUCAAUUCCUCCCCCAUCUCACCGCGAACAUGCCGAACCCUACUGACCAAGAUCGCGGUCCUCCUCUUCACUGGGGAGCAAUUCCCAACCAACGAAGCCACAACCCUCUUCUUCGGUAUCUCAAAGCUGUUCCAGAACAAGGAUCCCUCGCUGCGACAGAUGGUGUAUCUGAUUUUGAAGGAGCUUGCGGGCACUGCGGAGGAUGUUAUCAUGUCCACCAGUAUCAUCAUGAAGGACACUGCCGUUGGCAGCGACGUUCUCUACCGGGCCAACGCUAUUCGGGCGCUGUGCCGUAUCAUCGAUGGAUCCACAGUCCAGGGCAUUGAGCGACUCAUCAAGACUGCCAUUGUCGACAAGACUCCCUCGGUUUCCUCCGCCGCCUUGGUUUCGUCCUACCACCUCCUGCCCGUUGCUCGCGAUGUCGUUCGGAGAUGGCAGAGUGAGACUCAAGAAGCUGCUUCUUCUUCAAAGCAGUCUACCGGUUUCCUAGGUUUCUCAUCUGGCUCUCAGGCCCACGCCAUCUCCCAGUCGAACUUUAUGACACAAUACCACGCAAUUGGUCUCCUGUACCAAAUGCGCUCGCACGAUCGCAUGGCGCUGGUGAAGAUGGUUCAGCAAUAUGGUGCCGCAGGCGUUGAGGAUCCUGGUCUCCGGAAACCCAUGAUGCAGAUGUUGGAUGGCUGGCUCCGUCACAAGCACGAGAUGGUCAACUUCGAGGCUGCAAAGGCCAUCUGCGACCUCCGAGAUGUCACCGACGCCGAGGCAUCCCAGGCUGUCCACGUUCUUCAGCUUUUCCUGUCUUCCCCACGCUCUAUCACGAAGUUCGCCGCCAUUCGCAUCCUCCACAACUUCGCCUCCUUCAAGCCGCAGGUCGUCAACGUCUGCAACCCCGAUAUUGAGUCGCUUAUCUCUAACACCAACCGCUCUAUCGCUACUUUUGCUAUCACCACCUUGCUUAAGACCGGUAACGAGGCUAGUGUCGAUCGCCUGAUGAAGCAGAUCUCGGGUUUCAUGGCCGAUAUCACCGAUGAGUUUAAGAUCACUAUUGUCGAGGCUAUCCGCACAUUGUGCCUCAAGUUCCCCAGUAAGCAAGCCGGUAUGCUCGUGUUCUUGAGUGGCAUUCUGCGUGACGAGGGUGGAUAUGAAUUCAAGCGCACUGUUGUGGAGAGCAUGUUCGAUCUGAUCAAAUUUGUCCCCGAGAGUAAGGAAGAAGCUCUUGCUCAUCUUUGCGAAUUUAUCGAGGACUGCGAGUUCACCAAGCUGUCUGUCCGCGUUCUGCAUCUGCUUGGUGUCGAGGGCCCCAAGACCUCGCACCCUACCAAGUACAUCCGCUAUAUCUAUAACCGUGUCGUGCUGGAGAACGCCAUUGUGCGUGCCGCUGCCGUCACUGCUCUGGCUAAGUUUGGUGUUGGCCAAACUGACCCUGAAGUCAAGUCGAGUGUGCACGUUCUUCUCACCCGUUGUCUCGACGAUACCGACGAUGAGGUUCGCGAUCGUGCUGCCCUCAACCUGCGCUUGAUGGGAGCAGAUGAUGCUAUGGCAGGACCGUUUAUCAAGAACGACUCCAUGUACUCUCUUUCCACCUUUGAGCACCAACUUGUCAUGUAUGUGACCUCGAACGACAAGCAGAAUUUCGCUGCUGCCUUUGAUGUUUCUUCUGUUCCCGUUGUCAGCCACGAGCAGGCCUUGGCCGAGGAGCGGACCAAGAAGCUCACUUCCGCCACACCCACCCUCAAGGCCCCUUCGGCCGGUCCUACGAAGAGCAAGGCGAACAGCGCUACCGAGGCAAACAGUGCGGCUGCCACCCAAAAGUAUGCCGAGCAACUCAUGCAACACCCCGAUAUCAAGGAAUACGGCACUUUGCUCAAGUCUUCCGGUCCUGUCGAGCUUUCUGAGAGCGAGACUGAGUAUGUUGUGACUGCUGUCAAGCACAUUUUCAAGGAGCACAUCGUUGUGCAAUAUGAUAUUAAGAACACUCUUCCCGAUACCGUCCUUGAAAACGUGACUGUGGUCGCGACGCCAGAGGAGGAUGACGUGCUGGAGGAUGAUUUCAUGAUUCCUGCCCCCAAGCUUUCGCCGAACGAGCCUGGCGUCGUCUACGCUGCCUUCAAGAAGCUGGGUGGCGAGCACAGCGUCCCAAUCUCUUCCUUUACCAAUAUCCUGAAGUUCACCAGCAAGGAGAUCGAUCCUACCACUGGCGAUCCCGAGGAUGAGGGCUACGAUGACGAGUACCAGGUGGAAGAUCUCGAGCUCACUGGUAGCGACUACGUUAUCCCCACUUUUGCCGGCAGCUUCGACCACGUCUGGGAGCAGACUGGCGCUAAUGGCGAGGAGGAGAGUGAGACUCUGCAAUUGAGCAACAUGAAGAGUAUCAUCGAUGCCACGGAGCAACUGAUCGCUGCCCUUUCCCUCCAACCCCUGGAGGGGACUGAUGUUGCUCUCAACAACAGCACACACACCCUGAAGCUCUUCGGUAAGACCGUCUCUGGUGGCCGGGUGGCUGCUCUGGUCAAGAUGGCGUUCUCGAGCAAGAGCGGUAUCACAACCAAGAUCACUGUCCGGGCAGAAGAAGAGGGAGUUGCUGCUGCGGUGCUUGCCUCUGUCACUUAA